AUGGCAUGGGUGGGAUGUGGAUGCGCAUUGGUAUGUCGAAAGAUCAGACGUCAUGUGCCACCACCAUUCCCCCACACUUGCAUUUCCAUCUCUCCACAUUCCUUCCCACUACCUCUCCCUCUCCUCCACUCCUCUGCUUCACAGCCUCACUAUUCCUCUAUCCCUCGCCUUCCUUCACAGGGUGCAUACUCAGGCGGACGUCUCGACGAGAACGGAUUGCGGGCCCUACUCAGUCGUGUCGUCUUUGUGCUCACCGAGUGUCACAGGUCAGAGGACUUCGUUCCUGCCAAACGACUUCUCACCACCUCCCUUGUCUACCACAUCGAAGGUACCCACCAUCUCCGUUCCUCUCAUCUCAUCUCAUCUCCUCUCCUUGCUCAUCCACCUUCCCCCCUCUCUUCAGCUCUACCCCCUCCUCCUACUACUACCACCACCACUACUACUACACCCUACUCCACUCCUCCACCUACGACUCCGAUCUCGUCUCUGACUCCACCUCUGUCACACGCAGUGUGUACCUACACAUCCUCACUCCAUCCUCUCCUCCAGCCACACUCCUAUUCCAAUAACAAGGCCUUUCAACACACCAGUCCGCUUCUCCCAAGCCUUCUCUGCUUCCAUCACCUCAACCACCUCUAUCCCAUUUAC